AUGAUGGUAGAUCCGUUUGAAGUUCGCAUGCGCUUUACCGCGCAGCUACAACAUCUGAAUGCAUCAAUUACAUCCUCCCAGAAAGCUGCCCAUUAUGCGCUCAAAUAUCGCGAUAUGGACGAGGAUCUUCACUCAUGCAUACUGGAACAGCUUGAAAGGAAUAAUAUGAACAACCGAGCUAAUAUCAUGUAUUUCAUCGAACAAUUCUGCGAAAUGGCUACGAAGGAAGAUCAUGCACCAUACGUCCGCAUGAUUCAAAGGGAUAUCUUACGCGUAGUGGAUGCCGUUGCACCACCGGAUGGCACUGGAGCAGCGAAUGUGAAGCAUGUUCGUCGGGUUCUGAGCGGGUUACAGAACAAGGAAAUACUUUCUGCGGAAACGGUAGCGGAGAUCAUUGCCGGUCUGAAAGACCGUGAAACACAUCCAGCACAUCUUGAUCUGGAGGCUGAUGAAGGGGUAGAAGCAAAGGCCGGCACUCCACGGGGCUCUAGGGGGAGCGUCCGCGUGGACAAGAGACAGAUUGAACAGAGAAUCGAAGAAGACCGUGAGCGGAACAAGCGUUUACGAGAGAGUAUGUGGACAGUCAGCGGCGACGAUGGUGAUGAGCACGGGAAAUUUUGGGAUGAGACCAGCGAUAUUGGCGAAGAUGACUUCCUGGCCGCGAAUGAGGAGUUUAUAGAACGCAGACAGAUGGUUGGUGCUAAGUGA